GACGUAUAGAACAACAGAAAAUCGUAUGGUAGUAUAAUCAUCCAAAUUUGGACAUGCCUACCCAGCAUUGCAGGAAGCAGCAACUGAAAUCGACCCAAGUGGAAAAGAACGACUCUACAAGGGCAGCCAGGCCGGCAUCAGACAAUCACGACAAUUAACGUUCCAUUCGCUCCCUCUCGGACCUCAUCACAUCCUUCGACUAAAUCCUACGUCUAUUGCCAUAACAGGAGAGAGACGCGUUAGGCUUGCGGCUCCAUCGUAUAUUUCUGCCGCUAUGACCGUCACUCAUCGCAAACGUACAGCCAACGAUGCCGAAAAGGAUAUAGCCGAGGCGGGUGUUAAAUAUCAUUGCGAUCCAUGCAGCCAGAACAUCACGGACACGGUACGGAUACGAUGUGCGGUCUGCAGUGACUUUGACCUCUGCGUCAGGUGCUUUUGCAAUGGCGCCGAGCUGGGCAAGCAUAAGAACUGGCAUGAUUACCGGGUGAUGGAACAACACUCUUUCCCUAUAUUUGACGUGGAUUGGGGUGCAGACGAGGAAUUGCUGUUGAUUGAGGGAGCAGAAACCUUCGGUAUCGGAAACUGGCAGGACAUCGCAGACCAUGUCGGAUCAAAAACUAGGGACGAAUGCGAGGCCCAUUAUCUUCAAGUAUACGUCAGCAGUGAAACCUGGCCCUUACCAGACAUGCAUAAAAAAUUCGACAUGGAUCCUGAAGCAGUGGCGGCUCGAAAGAGGCAGCGUUUGGCAAUGAGAGUGAACAGGAUACCAGCACCUGUCAAGGCACAGAAACCGAUGACGAGUCAACCGGCGAAUCAUGAGAUUGCAGGAUAUAUGCCAGGACGCCUCGAAUUUGAAACUGAAUACGAGAACGAGGCAGAGCAGACGGUCAAGGAUAUGAUCUUUAGUGAAGAAGACACGCCCGAAGAAGUCGACUUGAAGCUGAUGGUGCUCGAAAUCUACAAUGCCAAGCUUAACAAAAGACUGGAGCGAAGGAAAUUUGUGUUUGAGAGAGGCUUCCUGGAAUAUAAAAAGAAUCAAGCCGCAGAGAAAAAACGAACACCGAAGGAACGGGAACUGCUUAAUAGUGUACGAGUGUUUGCACAGCUUCAGACACCGGAGGAUUAUGACAAGCUUGUGGACGGUCUCUUGAAGGAAAUGCAUCUACGAGAACGUAUCGCAGAGCUGCAGGAGUUCAGGGCCAAUGGACUGACAACACCUGCUGCCGGACAGGAGUACAUCAGAGAGAAGGCGAAUAGGUCAAGUCUCCGCCACCUCAUGUCCGGCUCAACCCUCAACGACCGAAGAGCACGUCCACCCCCUUCACGAGGCAAUAUCGAAGAUACUUCCUCACCACGUGGAUCUACUGCAGCAACCAAGACGGCACCUGUGGUUCGCAAGCCUGCCAACCCAUUGAACAUCCAGAACGCAGAGGGCAUCCAUUUGUUGACUGUGCCCGAGCAAGCGCUGUGCUCGACCUUGCGAAUCUUCCCCAAGUCGUAUAUGAUCAUCAAGGAGCAGCUUCUGAAGGAGCACACACGGCUCGGUGGAUUGAAGCGACGACAGGCGCGCGAGCUGAUUAAGAUCGAUGUGAACAAGACGGGAAAGAUCUACGAUUUUUUCGUGGAAGCCGGCUGGAUUCAAAACUCUGAUGCCUAGAUAGUAGCGGCAGCGUACCCACAUAUUUCUUCAACUUGUAUGUAUCAUAGCUUGUGUAAACCCAACUUAGGAAUGAAAGAAC